UCCAAGCAACCAGUAAAGUGAAGGCUUAACCGAGGAUUUAUAAACACUUGAAUCCAUGUGAUUUAUUUGGUAGAAGAAUGUUGAUCAUCUUUAAAACCAGUGGAGGAAGCACUGCAUCUCUUCAAACUGCACUCUAACUUGUCAGGAAUAGGAAAGAAAAACAGGCGAGACAGAAGCUUUGUGAGCACAGGUCACGCACAGUAAGCCCGCGCAGGUGUGUGUUCCUGGCUGCAGUUAUGAAGGGGAUGCUGCCGCUGGAGACGCUCACCGUCGGCCACAUGGUGGUCGACACCAUGUCUGAAGUCACCGCCCUUCUGCUUCUACUACUGCUACUGUUGCUCCUCAUUGCGUGGAGCCAAACAAACCGGCCACAUACACCAGGUCCUUCCUUUUUGGCAGGACUCGGCCCCAUCCUCUCCUACAGCAGAUUCAUCUGGACUGGGAUAGGAACAGCGAGCAACUACUACAACAACAAAUAUGGCAGCAUUGUCCGCGUCUGGAUUAACGGCGAGGAGACCGUCAUUCUGAGCAGGUCUUCAGCAGUGUAUCAUGUUCUGAGGAGCGCUCACUACACAGCCAGAUUCGGGAGCAAAACAGGGCUGGAGUGUAUUGGGAUGGAAGGGAGGGGUAUCAUUUUCAACAGUGAUGUCCUCCUCUGGAAAAAAGUGAGGACAUAUUUUUCUAAAGCUCUGACAGGCCCCAGCCUCCAGAGGACAGUGGAAAUCUGUGUGAGCUCCACAGCCAAACACUUGGACUGCCUGCAGGAGAUAACCGACCCCUCCGGACAUGUGGACGCUCUCAAUCUGCUCAGAGCCAUCGUGGUGGACAUCUCCAACAGGCUUUUCCUCAGGGUGCCGCUCAACGAAAAGGACUUGCUGAUGAAAAUCCAAAGCUACUUUGAGACCUGGCAAACAGUUCUAAUAAAGCCUGAUAUAUUCUUCAAGAUUGGAUGGCUGUACAACAAGCACAAGAGAGCAGCCCGAGAGCUGCAAGAUGCGAUGGAGAGCCUUCUGGAAAUUAAAAGAAAGAUUGUAAAUGAGUCUGAGAAGUUGGAUGAUGAUCUUGACUUUGCAACGGAGCUCAUCUUUGCUCAGAACAUCGGAGAGCUUUCAGCAGAUGACGUCAGGCAGUGCGUGCUGGAGAUGGUGAUUGCAGCACCCGACACACUUUCCAUCAGCCUCUUCUUCAUGCUGAUGCUGUUGAAACAAAACCCAGACGUAGAGCUGAGGAUAGUGGAGGAGAUGAACACUGUCUUGAAUGAAAAAGGUGCUGGAAACAUCGAUUAUCAAAGCUUGAAAGUGCUGGAGAGUUUCAUCAAUGAGUCUUUGAGGUUUCAUCCUGUGGUUGAUUUCACAAUGAGAAGAGCUCUGGAAGAUGACAACAUCGAAGGAACUAAAAUUACAAAAGGGACCAACAUCAUUCUCAACAUUGGCCUUAUGCAUAAGACUGAAUUCUUCCCAAAACCCAAAGAGUUCAGCCUGAUGAACUUUGACAAAACAGUGCCCAGUCGUUUCUUCCAGCCCUUCGGCUGCGGGCCUCGUUCCUGCGUGGGCAAACACAUCGCCAUGGUGAUGAUGAAGGCCAUCCUUGUAGCUCUGUUGUCUCGUUAUACUGUGUGUCCACGCCAAGGCUGCACCCUCAACAGCAUCAGGAAGACCAACAACCUGUCGCAGCAGCCUGUGGAGGACGAGCACAGCCUGGCCAUGCGCUUUAUCCCUCGAACAACACCUCAACACAGUCAGCGCUGAGACACAGUGGUUACAUUUUGGUGGAAACUACUUCAGAUUGCAAAUAUUGAAGUAUGUAGCUGAUACUAUACUGUUACUUUAUUUCCUAGUUUGUUUCAAAGAGCAAGUAAACACUAAAUCUGUGAUGUCACCACAGAUGUUUUGCCUACUUUGACAUCAGUGAUCUUCCGUGAAUACUGUAGAAGGCUUUAGCCAAUUUUAAUGCCAGUUCAUUCCCACUGAUGAAGAUGCUGUCAUCAUGUCUCACACACACACACAUAUAUAUUUUACAUACAGUCUGUGUUUCCUUUAGCAUUAUAGGGCUCACCGUAUUAAACAUUAUCAAAGUUAACAUGGUAUAGUGAGUAGUGUUAGAUGUAAACGUCAUGUUAUAAUUUCAGGACACACAGGAAUGUGGAAAAUAUUAGAUGUAAAUACAUUUGUAUGACAUAUGAUGAAAAGGUGAAUCCAGGUAAAACCCAUUAUUACUAUCUCAUAUUGUUUUCUCAUGUAAAUCUAUAUUACAUAUAUAUAAAUAAAUAAAUAAAUAAAAGGUUAUCUCGAUAAGAGACAGAGAUAAUUUCUUUUUAGGGUCUCAGUGAGUAGAAAUGUGGACUGUAUGACGCAAGCAGAAAAUCAAAUGUUACUAAUGUUUUUUACAGGUGUAUGCUUCAAGUAAACAAUGCUCAUUCAAUAAAUAUGUGAAAUAAGAGUGGAAAGAACAUCA